AUGCCAGAUUAUGAUAUUGCACACGAGGGACUUUGUCCAAACAAGUUGAAUUCUAAUCUGUGGGUUGAUGCACAAAGCACCUGCGAGAGAGAAUGCAACGUGGACGAGGACUGUGCAGACUUUGAAAAGUGCUGCACCAACGUGUGUGGUCUAAACAGCUGUGUGGCUGCACGGUUUUCUGACGGGACUCAGGCUCAACCGGGCGGGCGGGGCUCCGGGAACACGACCGAAGGCAACUCUACAGCAACCUGUGAUGACUUCAUCUGUAGCCAGCAGGGCGCCACCUGUGACAUCUGGGACGGGCAGCCCAUCUGUAAGUGUCAAGACCGCUGUGAAAAGGAGCCAAACUUUACUUGUGCAUCUGAUGGCCUCACUUAUUUCAACCGCUGCUACAUGGAUGCAGAGGCCUGCAUUAGGGGAGUCACUUUGACUGUUGUGGCCUGUCGUUUCUAUCUCGCUGGACCACACACCAGCGCAUUGCCCCAGGACACCACAGCUCAUCCCACCCCAACCUCAUCCCAGGAGAACCCUAUGCCCCCCACCCUCUACUCCAAUCCACAUCAUCAGUCCAUUUAUGUGGGAGGCACAGUCAGCUUCCACUGUGAUGUAGUUGGAAUCCCACGGCCUGAUGUGACAUGGGAGAAGCAGAGUGGGCGAAGAGAGCGGCUGGUCAUGAGGCCGGACCAGAUGUAUGGUAAUGUGGUCAUCACUAACAUUGGACAGCUUGUCAUUUACAAUGCUCAGGUGUGGGAUACAGGUAUCUAUACAUGCAUUGCACGGAAUUCUGCAGGAGUGCUUCGUGCAGACUAUCCACUCUCUGUCAUACGUAGAUCAGAAGAUGAUUUCUCUGAAGACCCUGAAAUGCCUAUGGGACGACCUUUCUCUCCGGCUGAUUGUUUAGCUGAAGUGGACCAGCGAGUGUGCAGUGGGGAGCGCCACGUAGACUGGUACUAUGACGGCAAAUUGGGAAACUGUCAGGCUUUUAACAAUGGGGGUUGUGAAGAUAGCCGUAAUAAAUUUGAGACCUAUGAGGAGUGUAAGGCUUCCUGCCAGCGAGAAGGGAUGGGUAUAUGCUCCCUGCCUGCAGUCCAAGGUCCUUGUAAAUCUUGGGAUGCACGUUGGGCCUGGAAUACCAUCAUGAAGGAGUGCCAGGCCUUUAUCUAUGGAGGCUGUCACGGAAAUGCCAACAGCUUUCUCACUAAAAAGGAGUGCGAAGCAAACUGCCCUCAACGGAAAAAGAAACCUUGUAAGACUUGUCGAGUUAAAGGAAAAAUGUUGCCCAGCUUGUGUCGAAGUGACUUUGCCAUAGUGGGACGUCUCACCGAGCUGGUUGAGGAUCUGGACUCAGGGUUGGCACGGUUUAGUUUGGAAGAAAUUCUAAGGGAUGAAAAAAUGGGUUUAACCUUCUUUAACACGAAACAUCUUGAAGAUGGUAUGGCAAUCAUCCAAUCAGACAGCUACGUCAAAACAAUAACGGAGCGAAGGCUUAAGAGGCUGCGAGAGAUAGUCGGGAAAAGAAGCUGCUAG